UGUUGCCAAUUUGACUGUUUCUUAUGGUUGAAAGUUGUAAUUUGCUUUUGUUUCUCACACCCAACUUCCUAACCAGACUAUUCAACUGCUGCAGCACAAUAAUCUCUAAGAUGACAAAUAUGUUGCAUUAGAUCUCACAAGUCAACAACUCUCUAUAGUAAUUAACCUUUCUACAUAUGUGUUUAAUUAUAUAUAAUUUGACUGUUUCUUAUGGUUGAAAGUUUUAAUUUGCUUUUGUUUCUCAAACCCAACUUCCUAACCAGACUAUUCAACUGCUGCAACACAAUAAUCUCUAAGAUGACAAAUAUGUUGCAUCAGAUCUCACAAGUCAACAACUCUCUAAAGUAAUCAACCUUUCUACAAAUGUAUUUAAUUAUGUUUACAUGAUAAAUAUCAACUCCUAUGUCACUCAUUUGAUUUUGUAUCAUGUGAAUGCAGCUUAUAAUUAUAGUUUGAAAUUGUAAUCCAUCUUUAAUUUGGUUGCAUACCUUGUAUGUGGCAUGUGAGAGUUCUAGAACAUCCUUGAUAGCCAUUCGUGUGGCUUUCCUUCAGUUUUAGAAGUUUGACUUUUAAGUUUAAUUGAAAGUUAAAAGGAACAUAUAUAAGGAUGCUGAUAUAGAAGGCUUUUCAUUUUGGUAGCAUCUAACAAAGUGUUAGCAUCUGUUCACUUUGACACUUUGUUUGGAUUUAUGAUAGUUGAGGAACAAUUUCUCUCAGCUGAACUCGGGUGAAUGUAUCUGAGUUGAUCUUUGUCAAUAGUUUCUGUUUCCAAUGGCUCACCUCCCCGGGGAACAGUUUGAAAAGAAAGAUAUGGACAUUGCAAAUCAGCCAUCAUCAUGCAUUCACCCAGAUGACUCGCUACAUGUUCACAAGGUGGGUAUGGCCCCAAGGCAGAAAUUCCUCAAGGAGUUUACAGAUAUGUUGAAGGAAACAUUCUUCUCAGAUGACCCUCUACGCGAUUUCAAGGACCAACCUCGAUCAAGAAAAAUUAUCCUCGGCUUCCAAUCUGUUUUCCCAAUUUUGCAAUGGGGGAGAGACUACAAUUUAAUUAAAUUCAGAGGAGAUCUCAUUGCUGGACUCACCAUUGCAAGCCUUUGUAUUCCUCAGGACAUUGGGUAUUCAAAGCUUGCAAAUCUUGAUCCUCAAUAUGGGCUGUACUCCAGCUUUGUUCCACCACUAAUUUAUGCUUUCAUGGGGAGCUCGAGAGAUAUUGCCAUUGGACCAGUUGCUGUGGUGUCUCUCUUGCUGGGAACUAUGCUCCAGGAUGAGAUUGAUCCAAGUAAAAAUGCAGCUGACUAUCGUAGGCUGGCAUUCACAGCUACUUUUUUUGCUGGAAUCACUCAAGCAGCACUUGGAAUUCUCAGAUUGGGAUUCUUAAUUGACUUCCUAUCUCAUGCUGCCAUUGUUGGGUUCAUGGGAGGGGCUGCCAUUACGAUUGCACUUCAACAGCUUAAAGGUUUUCUUGGCAUAAAGAACUUUACCAAAAAAAGUGAUAUUAUUUCAGUUAUGCACUCAACAUGGGGCUCAGUACAUCAUGGUUGGAACUGGCAGACUAUACUCAUAGGGGCAUCAUUCUUGGCUUUCCUUCUGUUUGCCAAAUACAUUGGAAAGAAGAAUAAGAAAUUUUUCUUGGUACCAGCAAUUGCUCCAUUGAUCUCUGUUAUCAUUUCCACCUUUUUUGUGUAUAUUACGCGUGCAGAUGAGAAGGGUGUCCAAAUUGUGAACCAUAUAGAAAAAGGUGUCAAUCCGUCAUCAGUGGAUGAUAUAUAUUUCACCGGAAAGUACCUAGGGAUAGGUAUUAAGAUCGGUGUUGUGGCCGGAUUUAUAGCAUUAACGGAAGCUAUAGCAAUUGGGAGAACAUUUGCAUCCAUGAAGGACUAUCAAAUUGAUGGGAACAAAGAAAUGGUGGCACUAGGACUAAUGAAUGUUGUUGGUUCAAUGACUUCUUGCUAUGUGGCUACAGGUUCUUUCUCUCGCUCGGCUGUAAACUACAUGGCAGGCUGCCAAACUACUGUCUCCAACAUUGUGAUGUCCUGUGUUGUUUUACUAACCUUAGAACUGAUCACACCUCUAUUUAAGUAUACCCCAAACGCCAUUCUUGCUUCUAUCAUUAUAUCUGCAGUGAUUGGCCUCAUCGACAUUGAGGCAGCUUUGCUCAUAUGGAAGAUCGAUAAAUUUGACUUUGUUGCUUGUAUGGGAGCCUUCCUUGGUGUAGUUUUUGUUUCUGUUGAGAUUGGACUCUUAAUUGCGGUUAGCAUAUCUUUCGCUAAAAUACUCCUACAAGUGACCAGGCCACGGACUGCAAUACUUGGAAAUAUACCUAGAACAACAGUCUACAGGAAUGUCCAACAAUAUCCAGAGGCAACCAAGGUUCCUGGGAUUUUGAUCGUGAGGGUUGAUUCAGCAAUAUAUUUUUCCAACUCCAACUAUGUUAAGGAGAGGAUCUUGCGGUGGCUAAUAGAUGAGGAUGAACAAUUGAAAACAAAUGAUCUACCAAGAAUCCAGUUCUUGCUAAUCGAGAUGUCACCCGUUACCAACAUUGACACUAGUGGCAUCCAUGCCUUGGAAGAGUUGUACCGGAGUCUCCAUAAGAGAGGUGUUCAACUUGUCAUAGCAAAUCCUGGGCCGGUGGUGAUAGAGAAGCUUCAUGCAUCAAAAUUUACAGAUUUGAUUGGCGAUAACCAUAUCUUCCUCACAGUCGCAGAUGCCGUGAUGACAUGUGCCCCAAAGAUGAAAGAAGAAGCCUGAUGAGAAGAUUUUGACCAUUGAUGCCUACCUGCCUCGCCUCAACUCUUUUGUUUAGUCUAUCCAAUGCAUCUUGAUCUAAUUCUACGGCCAAGAGCCUUCAAAAAGAAUCAAGAGGAGCCAUAAAGUGUAUAUAUCUGAAAUGAGACUGAAAGGGGGGUUUUUUUUUU